UAUUGGCUUUGCAAGAAAACGAAUAAGCACAUCAAGUUCAGUAGGUUGCGAUUGUUUGUUGAUGGUGGGUUGUGAUUAAAUUUUAUUAAUGCGUCGACUUGAAAGCAUGUAUGAUGGCUAAGCUGGAAUUGAUAACAAUUAUCAUCGGAAUAUUAUGUGCAAGAUUAUCUCUUACAAGUACUGAAAAAGAAUUUGCAGACUGGACGGAAAUAAAAACACAAGACGAUGCAGUGCUCUUUCGCACUAUAGCGGAUAUUUCCGCGCUUUUGAAACUUGAUGUAGAUGAAUUAAGUAUAGCUGAUACUGGUUUAAAGGGAUUAGAUACUUUGAAGUAUCUAAAUUUAACCGGUGAUGAACUAACUGAGUUGAGAUUAAAUAACGGAAACUUAGAAAAUUUAGAUGCAAGUCACAAUUUUUUAAAGAAAUUAACACGCACCCAAUUGGAAAAUCUGACGAAUUUAACAUAUGCAAAUUUCUCAUUUAAUCAAAUCAGAGAAAUAGAGGAAAAUGCAUUUAAACCUUUAAAGAAGUUGCAAUAUCUUAAUCUGAAUAAUAAUGAAUUGAAGAGAGAUGUGAUUGGCACUUGCGAUAAGCUGAAGUAUCUAUCAAUGAGCGAUAAUCUAAUUAAAAUUCUUUCGUCGAGUAACUAUCGCGGCAUGACGGCAAUGGAGCACCUCGUAAUAACCGAAAACCCACUGCGUGAAAUUGAAAAUCGUGCUUUCGCUUAUAUGCCACGCUUACGCAUCCUGAAUAUAUCAGAAAAUAGUUUAGAACAAAUUUCGCCUAUGGUUUUCUUUGGCAUGAAACGUGUACCACUACAACAGCUUGACUUAAGCUUCAAUAAUCUGUUGAGUCUAACAUCCAACCAAUUUGAGCACAUACCAAAAUUGCAAAUCUUGAAUAUAUCCGACAAUCGCUUAAAGUCUUUGGAAACGACAACCUUCGCAGGACUAACAUCACUGCGUAAACUUUUUCUUCACAACAAUGACAUCAAAGAUAUCAAAGCGAAUACUUUCGCUAAUUUAGUUUCACUUAAUACCUUGGACCUAUCCAGUAAUAAUAUCGAAAGUAUUGAGGCGAAUGCCUUUGGAGCUGUUAUGUUGCCAAGACUGCGUGAGCUGCAACUAAAGGCGAAUAAUUUAAAACAGUUAGAUCCGUUGACAUUUUCAUCCUUACCACAUCUGGAAUAUUUGUCUUUAGCUUACAAUGAACUUACUACCUUGGAUGUGCGCAUGUUCGCACCCAUGCGUCGUAUACAGAAAUUGCAUUUGGGACAUAACCAACUGGAAGAAAUUAAUGCAUCGGUUUUGGAAAGCUGGUCAAAUUUAUCGGAAAUGCUUAUAGAUAACAAUAAAUUAACAUUUCUUCCAGAAAUAAAUGGCAUCUUUCCGAAUUUACGUAAGGUCUCAAUUGAAGGUAAUCCCUGGCAGUGUCCAUGCUAUGAUGAGUUGAUUAAAAUAUUAAAUAAAAAUAAUAUCGAAUAUGUGCGCAUGACAAGUCCAUUUUACAAAGGCGAGAAACCGUUUUGCUUUGUUACUCCUGUAGAGUACUGCGUGCAGGAUAUCAAAGCUGUGCGAGCUCAUGGCAUACCAGAAGGGUUUGAGGUGGCCUCUGAUGACUCCAGUAAUGUAAAUGACGACUAAGUAAUGAAAUUUGUAAAUUUUAUAUUAAAAAUAAAGACUGAUUUUUAGGGAGUGAGAGUACACGUUUGGAUAAAAU